UAUAGGCGCUCCGAGCCCGCCCAGGUAGGACUUCAGGGUAAGGACAACGAGAAGUUGGCGGCCUGGUGUGCCGGCCCUAUAGGUCGGUCAGUGAUGGACCGCUUUCUGUUGCAAUCACUGCCGCAACUGUUGAGUCCGAAGGGAUCGCUAUAUUUGAUGACUUUGGCCAUCAAUAAGACCGAAGAAAUACGCGAAAUGAUGGCUGAGAUUGGGUUUGAGGUGACCGUCGUGUUGGAGAGCAUUCGCGAGAGACCUCCCUUUCCCGAGCAUAUUAAGGCACUCAGGAUUCGCCGACCAGUUAUCAUCUACUAA